AUGUCCACCAGCGAAAUCAUACCGACCCAUCCCUGCACAUCGCAUCUCGAUCAAGGCGCCGAAGCAGCGGAUACAUCUGCCAAGCCCACGUCAACUGCUAACGACAGUUCAUCCGAGCUGUCGUCCUUGUCCGAGAGUUCGGACAACCCUGUCCUCUUUGAGACGUCUAACGCUGACACAACUGCAAUCACGGAAGCUCCUGCGAGCGAGGCUAAUACCUCCAUGCGCAACAAACCGGAAAGCGACACUGACAGCUCCGACGAAGAAUUAUCCAAACGCAGGCGAGCACGCAGGAAGCGUGAGAGGGAAUACCUGGAUGCAUUACCCGUGCGACAGCGCCUCCGGUACAUGGAGGACCAUCGCUCUCUGCUCGCAGUUGAGCAAGAGUUGACUCUAUCCGAGAUUGAAGAGGGUGAACACCUCGACGAGGAGGAGGGGGAGGGGAAUACAGCAUUUGAGCGAGCAGCAUGGGCCAAUUUUGUCCAUCGUCGCGUGAAUCGCAUUAUGACUCAUCCUCGUGUGGCUCGUUAUCGUCGCGCAUAA